UGAUCCUCAUUUCGCUCCCCCACUUUGCAAUUUCUCUCUUUGCCUCUCUCUUUCUCAGUGAAGCUUUGAAGCUUGAAGCCAUGGCGUUUAGGGUUCGAAACCCUAAUUUACUCUCUCUGAUCCUCCUCUCUCUCGUCGCCAUCGCUUCCGCUAAGGUGUUUUUCGAGGAGCGUUUUGAUGAUGGAUGGGAGAGUAGGUGGGUUAAAUCUGACUGGAAGAGAGACAAAAGUUUAGCAGGAGAAUGGAACUACACCUCUGGAAAAUGGCACGGAGAUCCUAAUGACAAAGGUAUCCAAACUAGCGAAGACUACAGAUUCUAUGCUAUCUCAGCUGAGUUCCCUAAAUUCAGCAACAAAGAUAAUGUUCUUGUUUUCCAAUUUUCCGUCAAGCACGAACAGAAGCUUGACUGCGGUGGUGGUUACAUGAAGUUACUCAGUGGUGAGGUUGAUCAGAAGAAAUUCGGUGGUGAAACUCCUUACAGCAUCAUGUUUGGCCCAGAUAUCUGUGGCUACAGUACUAAGAAAGUGCAUGCUAUUCUCAACUAUAAUGACACUAAUCACUUGAUCAAGAAGGAAGUUCCCUGUGAGACUGACCAACUCACUCAUGUUUACACCUUCAUCAUUCGCCCUGAUGCUACUUACAGCAUCCUCAUUGAUAAUGUAGAGAAGCAAACAGGUAGUUUGUACAGUGAUUGGAGCCUCCUCCCUCCAAAGAAGAUUAAGGAUCCCGAAGCCAAGAAGCCAGAGGAUUGGGAUGACAAGGAGUACAUUCCUGAUCCAGAAGAUAAGAAGCCAGAGGGGUAUGAUGACAUCCCUAAAGAGAUAACUGAUCCUGAUGCCACUAAGCCACAAGACUGGGAUGAUGAGGAAGAUGGUGAAUGGGUGGCUCCAACCAUUCCCAAUCCGGAAUACAAGGGACCAUGGGAACCUAAGAAACUUAAGAACCCUAACUACAAGGGGAAGUGGAAGGCACCAUUGAUUGACAACCCAGAUUUUAAGGAUGACCCCGAGCUCUAUGUUUACCCCAACUUGAAAUACGUUGGUAUUGAGUUGUGGCAGGUAAAAUCAGGCACCUUGUUUGACAAUGUGUUGAUUACCGAUGACCCUGAAUAUGCAAAGAAGGUUGCCGAAGAAACAUGGGGCAAGCACAAGGAGGUGGAGAAAGCUGCAUUCGAUGAGGCAGAGAAGAAGAGAGAGGAGGAGGAAGCCAAGAGUGAUCCCGUUGACUCAGAUGUCGAGGAUGAGGACGAAGACAAAGCAGACGAUGCUGACUCUGAUGUAGAGGCAGAUUUAGACAAAAAGGAUGACGGAGCCGAGAGUGAGGAGGAAGACAAACAUGAUGAACUGUAAGGAGAGAGCACAUGGAGUUCACUUGCAGAAAUUUUCCCUUUCCCCUCUUUGUUUUUUUUUUUUUCCUCUUUCUAGUUGUAGAGUUAUCCGUUGGAGAAGAAAGACCAGUCUGAUGCUUUUAUGCAAAAAUGACUGGUUUUGCUUGAAUUUCAGUUUUAUUUUGAGCCAUUAGGAAGAGAGAGAAUAGGACAGUUUGAUGAACCAAAGGAUCCUGUGUUGGAUUUUUCUUGAAAGAAUUCUCAUAAUUGAUUAACGAAAUAUUAUUCUCUUGUUGGAUCCUAA